UUCUUGAUGUUGACCAGUCUAUAACAGAGGAACAACUGGAGAUGAUUUGAACCAAAAACUAAGCCUGUACAUGUUUCUCCUCACACUAUUUGAUCCAGAUUAUGACAGACUAUGAAGCCUCAAGUGCGGGGGAGAAUACCCCUCCCUACAUGAUAUUUGUGGUGGUGUUCCUCUUCUUCGUCACUGGACUGCUGGGUUUCCUCAUCUGCCACCUGCUGAAGAAGAAAGGCUACCGCUGCCGAACUGGAGACAUGGACAAUGAAGAUGAGGAUGAGAAAAUUGGAGGAAAUACAGAUGAGGAGGAUGAAGAGAACCAGGAUACGGUGGAGCAAAUCCUCAAGUGCAUCAUUGAAAAUGAAGCAAACAUGGAAGCUUUCAAUGAGAUGUUGGGAAACCACAAUGUCUGUGUGCGCCAUGACCCCAGGUUGCGCAAGGAGUCAAUUGGUGGUGUUCCUCCUCAUCACCACACAGUCCACUCAGGCACCGACCACAACUCCUGCCACCUCUGUGCUCAGGUUCAAUCUAAAAAGGGCCGCAGACAAAGCAGAACCCCCCGAUUCAGACAACGGCCUGGAGAACAGACCGUAUUCUCUGUUGGCAGAUUUCGGGUGACGCACAAUGACAAGAAGCUCCAUGGAGGUCCCAAUCCAUUGGUCAGUUCAGGGGACCAGCUGGACCAAUCCCAGGAUAGUGAGGAGCAGAAGGAGGGAGGGUACCACCUGAGGAGCAUGUUCAAGGAUGUCCGGACCUCCACAGAGGGUGCCAAUGGGGUUGUCCCAAAUGUGGGGAAGCGAAGGAAGAGUGUGACCAUAUUUGGGCUGAGGCGGGGCAGUGAAACUGUUGGCAUUAAAGAGGUGGAGGGGACAGGUCGGGAGGCCGGAGGCGCUAAAUUUGCCAUUCAGAAGCAGCCUGUCGUAUUGGAGGAGCUGGUACAAGCACAGAACAUUGAGACUGCUUCUGAAUGUGGUACUAAAUGGGGUUCUACAUCAGGAACUGAGCCCUCACAGAAUGAAAUGCCUGCUCCACUGCAAAGUGAGGUUGAAACAUCAGGUUCUGUUAAUUCUCCCUCUUUUGCAAGUAAGGAACAGACCCAUGACUUUAGCUCUGCUCCUGAACCUCGUAUGAACCUCAUAAUUAAACCUUCAGUUGGGAGUACGGCAACUUCCGCGCUCAGCUCAUUUCUCAUUUCAUCUCCCACAAUGCUCGGACAUACAUAUACUGCAACAGAGAAACAGGGACAUGCUGGAGACAAAAUUAUGAAAAACGAACAGGAUUAUGAUCCUGGGCCUCUUCAGGCCUCCACACCAACUAUCCCCAUGACAGUAUCUAUUCCAGGUUUCACUCCUCUCAUUCCUGCUGGUCAGAGUAAAUCCUGUUUGAGCACAGUUUUUCCAGUCAUCCAGACUCCCCCUAACCCAAGCUCCAGCCCAGAUCUGGAACACGGCUUUGGUGCUAGCCUAGCUUUUAUAAAUUUAGGCUCAUCACCUCAGUCUUUAUUCCCAAUCAAGUCCCCAUCUUCAAACUCUUUGUUGAAAACUCCUACAUCACCUCAGACUGUCAUGUUUAGCCCUGCACUAAGCUCAAAAAAUAAACCACCAGAGACUACAAAAACAGCUCUCACUCCAAGUCCCAAACUUCCAUCAGGUCAAGCGAUGUCAAGCCAAUCUAAUAUCGCCAGUUCAUUAGAAGCCCAAACUCCCUCACCUGCUCUUAGUGGUAGCCCCAAACUUACCACCUUUUCAGCAUCAUCACAACAACACAACAUCAAAACUCUCUCCUUUUCUCCAGCUGACCAAAACCCAGAUUUCAUAACUUCAACUCCUUUGCAGUCAGAAAGUGUCAUGUCUGUAAAAUCUGUGACCACAGGCGAUAUGGUUUCAAGCCCACUAUCUAUAAAGGAAGAAGAGCAAGCCAGAAUCCCACAUACAGAAGAGAAGACAGAAAAAAAGAUGGUUGGGAUUCUCAAAACAGCUGUACUUCUACCAGUGGAGGGAGGUGUUAAAGGCCUUGUCCUUUCCUUUCCCUCUGAUCCGGUUCAUAAAGAUAGCCUGAGCAGUUUGCAACCGUCUCCCUCCAGCCCACUGUCCACAGCCCCAUCAGGAGGGAGCAGAAUAAAUAGUAUGACCAUCUUCAAAGCCAGCCCUGAAAGCAAGAGAGAGUUUUCUGUUGUUACUAUGAUGGAGGAUGAAGAGUCCACUUCAUUAACAAAAGACCAGAAAAAAGAAACAUGUAAAGUUGGGGCGGAAUUUGAGAAAGUUGAAUUUAGUCCAGCAGUUGGUCUGGGGGAAAAGUUUUCUGUUUCAGGUAAGGGGCAAACUGAAAGUCAAAGAGAAGAGACUAAGCCGAUGUUGAGCCAAGAAAAAGAAGAAAUGGUGGAGAUGGAAGAUAUAAGAGAUUGCAAGGUGAUGCAGUUGCAAGAAGCAGAGAGAGAGAGGGAGGAGGUGGAGAAGACGGUAGACACUAGGUUGACACAGGACUAAGAGGUGCAUUCUCAAGAUGUUGAAGCCAUGUGAUAAUCCAAGUAGUCUUGGAUUAUUAUAUGAAGUAUGCCACCACUCAGCUGACUAUAGGAAAGGAAGGGUUUUGAUGAUAAAAUACAUAAUGAAAACACCUUUGCUCAUUUAACCAAAGCUGUGAAUAUAUUGCACUAAGCAGGUUAGGGUCAGUUGUGGAAACUCCCAGAUUUUGACAAAUUACAUACACUUUACAAGACAGCUAACCUUGUAUAUAACAUGCGAUGGGUUUUUGCCUUUUCUAGCAAUACUAGUCACAUGGCUGUAGGGAUAAAAAUGUCAGUUGGCUUUAGUUUAGGCUAAUAUAGCUCAACUAUCAAUCAUUGGCCUAUGAUUAUCCCGGCUGAUGAAUCAUUAUGAUGUUGAGAGAUUACCACAUUAAUCAAUCCAACAACCUUGGUUGUUACUUGUGCUAUCCUCUGGAGUCUCCAUGAGGUUUACAUGAGUGAUUAUUAUACCUCAACAACUGCCCUAACAUUUGCUUCUGACACAUAUGUACCCUUCAUGAUGAAGUUUAUGAGUGUUUGACAUUUCACCUGGCACCGUUAUCAGGUCAAUAAUUUCAAUACAACAGUUGUCCAAGUCUGGGGGCCCUGGAUAACUGUAGAGAAUAUUGCUUAAAUACAUCUAAUAGAAAGAGCUUGUUGUACUUUUUUUAAGUGAUAUUCUAUACUGGACCAAAGUGGUGGUCUGACCAGCUGACUGAAAGGCUGACAAACCCCCAUUUCCAAAGAUUGUUACUGAACAUGUGUAUUUAGUUUCGAAAGCACUGCUGUAAAUUUACAUGUAGCAUUGAUGCAGACUUGAUGCCUACUUCCAUGGAUCAACUCAACUCAAGGAAGCUUCAGGAUUCUUUUACUAUAUUAUUCAUAAACUUGACUUACUUGGAAAAAUACAACAUUACAUAUCAAAUAAUACAGGAUUAAUUUAGAAAGUGGUCAGCAAUUAUGUAAAAUACUGCUAUACUAAAAGGGUAAACUUGUCCUUCAGUCAUAUCACGAUUUUAUGCCAACUUUCUUGAGUUGUUUUGAUGUACUCACCUUGCCUUGUUUGAUUCCUAGUUGGUGAUUUGUCAAUAGAUUCAGAGAAUGAGUGGCAGCUUGUUGUUAUUUAAAAUCAAUUAAAUGUAUGGACAUAAAAACACAAUUUAACCAUUGACUUACUACUACCAAUGAUAUGCACAACCACAAUGAUGAUUGUUUAAACAACACAUACCAAGGCAUGAUAAUGUGGUGUUCCAUAGACUAUGUGAAAAAAUCUCUUAGACUACAGAGUUAUGAACCUUCCACAGAAUAAACUCUGCAGUCCUCAAAGCUGUGAAACCAUAAAUAAUAUAGACAAUACAUUUUAAAAUAAGAUAUGUAUUUCUAAGUAUGAUUUACAAGUCUGACAGUAAAGCAUAUAAGCAACAGGUGAUGUUGGGCAUUGAUAAGUGUAGCAGAACACUCUGAUGACUUUUGGUCCCCCUCAAUUGCGAAUAUAUUGAGCUCAAUGAGAUAUGCAAGAACACAUCAGUGUCUGGCAAACUUCAUUCUGUGAUUACAGUUGACAGAGCUGUCUUUUACAGGCGUAUGGCAAUUUAUAUAAAGUAUUUAUACAAAUCAUCUUCACUGUACAGUGUAACUAUAUACUCUAAUGCCUCUGUUAUUGUCGCGGUCAUGUGGUUAAACAGUAUAUCCUGUAAUAACAAUCUGAAGUCAUAUGCUAGAGAACAGAUUGUGUAUGUCCAUUUGCACACAGAUCUAAGGAAAAUAUUUUUUUACAAGUAUAGGAUAUUUAUUAUCAACACUGACACUCCAAUGCAACACUCUCAAGCUCUUAUUUUCCAACAGUGAACAUAAUACUCUGCUGUGUAAAACUUGCAGCCUCACAACUACAGAGACAAUCAUCUGUCUGUUUUCCCACGAUCCAAAAUGUAACGUAGUCCUGUCACUUCCCCUAGUAUUGGUCAUGUAAUAAUCUUAGUUUUGUUGUGCUCAUGUUGUCAGUGCAGGUGAACAAAUUGCCCUUAACAGGUCAAAUUGGGAGUUGGCUAGAAAAUAUUUAUGUAUAUCUAAUUCUAAUGAACAAAAACUUUAGAAAUUAAUUUCCGUAUAGGGAGUCUCUGUAGACUGAUUCACUAGAAAUUGAAAAGAAGUAGUUUACUUGACAAAGUUCAGAGGUUUCAAGUAUGAGGUCAAUGUCAUUUCCUGCCUUCAUGAGAAAGCAACUAGAGAAUUUCUUCUGUCCUAACUUUUAUCUCAUUCUCUGUCUUCAAUUAAUCGUCAUGUUAACCAUCUUAACAAUCUUCAUGUUAAUAUCCUUGACUUGUGUCAGGAUUUUACCCUGUCCACUUGUUUGUUUGUCGGGUUGUUAGGAUGUUAGUUUGUCAGGAUUGCACAGAAACUACUGAAGGGAGCUCCAUGGAACUUUUUGGAAGGAUGGGACACGAGAGAGUUCUUUAAAUUGUGGACAAUGGGGCAUAUCCAGAAUUUUUUUCUCUUUCUUUAACAUCGUGAGAUAGGGCAUUUGUUUUGAGAUUUUCACCAAUUUCCCAGGAAAUAAUGAAUGACUCUUCAUGGGAAAAAAAGAACAGAUAUUUAUAUAUGUGUAUUUUGAUGUGAUAAUGGAAUUAAAGGGGAAGUUUUGCCUGUGGCAGUAGUAUGUGCCUCAUUGAGUGCCAUUCUAUUUGUGAACUGUGAUCAUGGUUUGCAUGUCAACCUUUGCUGGUUGCUAAACUAACCACAGCAGCUGGUGUGUGUGAUCUUGUUUAACCAGUUGAUUAGUUAACCAUACCAAUAUGUAAAAUUGGUGAAUGCUAAAUGUACAUGUGAAUAAAGAGGAAAAUAUAUAUUUUCUUUUAACUUGCCCGAUGCAGCUACAGUCACUUAAGAAGCAUAAGAAAUGUAAAGAUGCAUCAUAUAUGUAUUACACUGCACUGUAAAUAAAAGAAUAAAUAUGAAAUGUCCUAACAGGGCAGCAAUCAGCAUAUCAGCCAUAUUAUGUUCACUAAAGAGAACAAUGUGAAUCUACUUACUUGUCAAUAAAGAACAGAUUGCUUAUAUUA